CAUUUAAAUAAUUAAAUUUAAGAAAAACAAACAAGAAAUAAUAAAAGAAGAAACAUUUUCAAUAUAAAAUAAAUAAAUAUAAUGGGAGAUUAUUGUUAAAGCGACUUUUCAAGCUUCGAAAGCAUUGAAGUAAUUAAGAAAUAUAAAACAAAAAGAACAUCUUCAAAGAUAAUGAAGAAAGAGAAGAAUUCUGUUUCCAUCUAAAAAAGAAAAUAUUAGAAAAAGAAAAAUAUUACAGCGCUGUCAAUGGAUAAUCAUUUUUUAAAUUUAGCAAAUACAAUCUUGCUGGAUAGUUGCUUGUAAGUUACGGAUGGGAUUUUAAGAUUUUUACCUUGCAUAAAUUAGCUCAGUUUUAAUUUCUAGCAUUAAAAAGUGUUGAGAAUAGAAGAAAAACACGAUCUCGAGGUUGUCAAUGUUUCGUUUUAAAAAUCUAACUAUCAAUUUAACAAAUAAAAAGGUUAAGUUAUAAAACUUUUAAAUUAAAUGAGUAAUAUCAAUGGUUAUUGUCAUAGGGAGAUAUAUGAUAUAAUUGAAAGAUACCUCUUUAUAAUAGAUGAAUUGAUGGAAAAAAAUGCAAUGUACUAUUCUAAUUGUGUUGAAAUGGAAAAAGGGAACGAAUUAAAUUAAUUUGUUGAUGUCUGCUUCUAGAAGAUUUAAUAAAUUAAAUAGGAAAAUGAAUCAUAGUUUUUUUUUUAUUAAAUAUCUAAACUUGAUAUGGAGAAAAAAGAAUAAGACAUCAUUCAUAUGGGAUAUUCAAAAUAAUAUUUAGAUUUAUUAGGAUUAGAUAAAGACGCUGUUUCACAAAUAUUUCUGAGAAAUAAGAAAAUAGAUCUUUUCUAGAAUUUAUAAGAUGUAUCUAAGUAGGCUUUGAAAGGAAUUUUUAAUUUUGUGGAUGCAGCUACAGAAAACAGACUAAAUAAAUAAGAAUAGUUUGAAUCAAAUAUUGUCACAUUUGAUGGAUAUCCAAUCAAGAUCUUUCAAAAGAAAUAAUCAGCUUGUAACAUCCAAAUUUAGGAAGAAAAAAAUAACAAUUAAAAUUGCUAAUUUCUUUUAACAGUUGUAGAUAUAGAUAUAGAACUUGAGAGCUUGUAACAGCUAAUAUAAUAUCGUUAAAAAAUCUCUUAAUAAUCUAAUUCUUAAAUAGACACUGAUUUUAUAAGAAGAGAGAAUUCCUACUUAUUCGAAGAUGUUGAAUAUUCUGUCGAAUCUUAGUAAUUCAUAGAAAAGUUUUAUGGUUAAAACCUAUUAAAUCUCCAAUAAAUUCAAUUAUAAAAUGAUGAAAAGAGUAAACAAUGUUGCUAUAAAUUCAUUAAUUAAUCAUGA